UUUCGCAACGGAGUUUUUCGCUUGUUUUUCGGAGGUUUUUUGUGAUCAAGAAGUGCGCGUUAGUAUAGCUCUAUCUGAAAUCCCGCAAAACUGGAGAAGUGGAAGAGAACGCGAAACUCCACCAAGAAGAUGGACGAGCGAGGGGGUGGUGGGGGCGGGGGAGGCACCUCAACGGGCAACAACAAAUCAGCUGCUGCAAAUAACGCCGCCACUGGGAGUACCACUGCUUCUUCUUCUUCCACGGCGCCUGUUGAUAAGCCAUCAGUUUUUGAAGGGGUGCUUCACAACAUCUUCGAUGGGCUGACGGACAAGGAGGAGCAGGUGCGGGUCGCCAUGCAGCAGGCGAUCGUAAAGAUCCUGGAGACGCAUCCGGAGCGGGCAGCGGAGAUCCUCAGCGAGCACCAUUCGCAGCACUCCAAGAUGGGCGAGCACCGGUCACAGCAGGCAAAGAUGAGCGACCAAACGGUGGCCAUGUUGCUGGACUGUAUUCGUCGCGUGGUGGGUACGGAAACUCCCCUGCCGCCGGCUGCCAAUCAAAAACUGAUUGCUCUGGCACUGCAGGAGCUCACCAGGAACUCGGAGCACGUUCCCCUGAUACAGAAUCCCGCCCAGCGCAUUCUGGUGGCCAUCGGGCGGAGCAGUCCGGAGAGCUGUGAACAGGUGAUGGAGGCCCUCCAGGAAAAGAGCACGAGUUCCGAGGGUGUGGCCCACUUUAUGCUGAUGCAGUGCCUCGGAUUGCUGGCCACCGAGAAUCCGGCUGGUGUGGUGCCCCACAUAAAGACCAUAUUGGCCAGAAGUCAGCCGCAUCUGGUCGGGAUACGGCAGGAUCACAUUAAGCAGGCACAUGCCUAUGCCAUCGGUAGAUUCAGCGAAGCGCUUUUGGAGGAGGGCGGCAAGGGCGAGGAGGACAACUGCUCCACGGAGAUCAGUGUGGCCUACGACGUGCUCUUCAACCACUGGCUGCACUCGCGGGAGCCCAAGGUUUGCGUGGAAAUACUUCAAGCUCUAUCCAGCAUGUAUCCCCUGCUACCCAAGGAUCGGAUUCAGGAUCAGGCCGCCAGACUGGUGCCCCAAAUCCUCGCCCUCUAUCGACGUAGUGUGGACCGGAAUGCGGUCACCCAGUUCCUGUGCUCUGUGCUGAAAACAAACCUGGCCCUAAAUGCCACGGUUUUGGAUGGCAUAAUUGAUGCCCUGGUGACCCACCUGUUCGAUCUGGUCUGCGUCUAUCCGGACUACGAGAAGCCCCAGACUGUCAAGGGUCACUACGAGGUGCUGCGCUGCUUCCACCUGCUGGCCGGCCAUCAUCCCUACUCCACCCGGAUCAUGGACACCCUGCUGAUUCAUCUGCGGAACAACAGCGAACGGGAGCGGAUGAAGUCCCUGCUGAUACUCACCCAUCUGCUCAACUCCUGUGCGGGCAACAUAGUAAACCGGAUUCCGGCCAGCAUUGAAUGCCUGAAGCAACUGAUCCUAAGUGAAAGGGGAAUCAAAAUGAAGCUCACCCUGCUGAAAACCAUCGUUGCCCUCGCCCAAAAGUCCUACAUACGGGACAAGGAGUUUGUGUGGUUCGUGGUGCGGCACAGUUGCCGAUACUCCAAGCCGAGCCAGGAGCAUGGCAGCCUGGAGGAGCACUCGAAUCUGGUCCUCAGCUGCGAGAACACCCUGUACAUGCUGGCCUCCACGGUGGGCACUUUGGAUGAGCUGCUCAAGAGGGAGCUGCUGAACUACCUCAUCCUCCUGGACUACACGGAUAUUUGCGGGAAUCUCGCCAAGUGCUUGGCCAGUUUGUUUGCCAAAUCCCCGCAUAUAGAGUACGAUUUAGCUGGCGAGGAUGCGGCCACGGAGCAGGCCACAGCAGAUGGAGCCGCUGGCGAUGAUCGCAGUGUGAUUAAGCGCGGCAAGGUGAUGGUCCCCGGGGCCGAGACAAUUUACGCAAGGUGCCUGGCCCUCCUGGGCAACCAGCAGUGCAUCAAGCGCUGCUCGAAUAUCCUCAGUUUCCUGCGCUACUACCAUCCCCAGGUGAAUCCCGCGCUGGAGGAACUGUGGGAGCGAAGGAUUCCCGAUCUGCUACUGCAGAUCAACAGGGAGAGUGCCUACCGCCAGCUGCUGCACGACUUUUUGCUGGAAACGAAUGAGUUCUUGGGCGGAUUGGAUGAGCACUUUGCCCAGCGGCUGACCAGUAAGUUGGCGGACCAGAUGUACUUGUAUCCCAUGCAGCUACCCCACUCCGAGUGGCACUUGCCCGAUCUGAGCUCCGAGAGAGGCAUGCUGCUCCAAGCGGUGGCCCUAACCCUGCUCCAGGUGACCGAUGUGGCCUGCAUCCACACCAAGAUCGAUCUCAUUGUGACGAGCGCCAAGCAGGAGCGAUUGGACAAGCAUGUCAAGCAAGCAGACUACGAGAAGCGAAUAGAACCCUGCGCCAGAGCUCUGGGCUAUAUAUCCCGCCAGCACUUGGGCCAUCUAGUCAAGAAGCUAACCGAACUGGCCCAAGUUGGUGGGCGGAAACACUCCACGGGAUUCUUUAGCAAUCUGCACUUCAUCAAGGACACGCACAAGGAGCUGGAGAACUACAAAAGCAACCUGCUCGUGGUGAAGGCCUUCGGUCGCAUCAUGGAAGAAGCCGAUCCACUGCAAUCCAUCCAGCACCUGGAUGAAGACGACACCUUGCUGGGCUUCCUCAUCCAACAGCUGGCCGUGCACAAGGACCAAACGAUCAUGUCGGCCAUCCUGCAGACGCUGCUCAGCAUCUGCAACCAGUUGAUAGCCACCAAGGAGCAGCUGCCGGCGCCUCUGCGCCACCGCAAGCAGAUCAUGGAGACGGUCUUCAGCAUCCCCAUCGAGGCGCCCUUCAACGACCUGCCCCUGCUGCCCACCAUCCUCAAGCUGGGCACAGACUUUAUACGAAUAGGUGGUCCCGAUACCGAGGAGUGCGUGGACGGUGGCGUGAUAUUUGAGAUCGCCUGUCGCAACUUUUUCGGCUGCGCGCAGCAGCUGAAGAUGAAGUUCGACUCGCAGGAAGAGGAUGAGCGCAACAGCUUCCUGGCCAAGCACCUGAACGAAUCGCUGCCGCAGCUGAACGCUUUGGUGCGGGCCAUCGUCGAGUUGGAUGCCUCGCCGGCCACGCUGGACCUGAUCAUUGGCAUACUGGAGGGCUGGACACGGGAUCGCAACUCCGAGGUGCGCAUUUGCGCCAGCCACGUCUUUAACAACACUUUGGAGGUAUACAUCAAGGCGAUGAAAAUUGGCUGCGAAGCCCCAUCGAAGUUCAAUCAGACGGGUCAGAUGCUGGGCAAGAUUGUGCCCAGGUGCAUCGACUCGAACGGCACGGUGCGUCAGGUGUCCGUGGAGAUCCUGCAGAAGACGCUGGAGAUUGCGUGCAUCUACGAGACGCUGACGAUAGCCAGCAUUGAUAGCACUGCCGACUGGCUGAAGGAGAUCGAGGCCAUCAAGGAGCACAUCAUCACCGAUGAGCCCAAGCAGAUAUACAACCUUGCCGGCGACAUUGCCAAGAUCAUUGCGCUGCGCAUCUCCAGCUUCCAGUACCUGCAGUUCUGCAAAACCCUGCUCCAAUCGCUGCGUGAUCCCGAGCAGAGUUCCACCAUCGGUGCCAGUGUUGUGCUGAAGUUCUUCAUCCAGCAGAAGGGUUCAGAGCUAUUCCAUGCGAUCCCCGACCUGGUGCGCGACAGUUUGCUGGCCCUGCAGGUGUGCGAGGUGCCCAGGGCCAAGUCCGGAGUGCUCAAAGCUCUGGUGGCCCUCACCAAGCACCAUCCCAAGUUGGUUUGCGCCGAAAUGCUGGCCCAGCCGCUGCCGUAUGACUCCAAUCUUGUGGAGUACUGGCACCUGGUCUGCAACGAUCCCGAGCUGACGGGCCUUACAUUGGACAACUUCCUGCAGCUGCUGAGCGGGGCCUCUCUGCAGGAAGGUGGUCAGGAGGCAGCCUUAUCCGAGCGUCAAAAACUGGCCAGCGGUCAGCCGUUUGCUAUUUUCUGCGCCCUGCACGAGAUGCUGCCCUGCAAGGACAUCAAGGGGCAACUGGAGACCCGCUUUGCGGACAUGUUCUGCAUGCUGCUGACUUCCCUCAGCAGCUACACCAAUUUGGCUGCUCCGAAUCCGGUGAACGCCUCAAUAAGCCCCAAUCAGACGCAGUCGGGCAAAACCAAGUUCGGCUUCGUGCCGAACAAGGAGCUGGUCAAGCUUAAUCCCUGCCAAAUAGCGCUGGAAACGUUUCAGGCCUUUUUAACCAAUCUGGAAAUGGAGCAGAUUGCCAGCGUACUGACUGUGAACACCAAACUGGCGAGCAGCGCGGAUUGGCACAAUUACAUCGAACUGCUGACCCCCAUGGCCAUUGGAUUGGGUCAGCAGCUGCAGCUGGGGAGUCCGCAGAUGAGGCAGCUGGUCAACUCGCUGAGCAAGUAUGUGGCUUCUCCGCACGACGGCCAAAGGGUGGCCGCUGUGGGCCUCUUCUCCCGCUUGGUGCCACUGAAACCCACCGGUGAGCUAGCUGCGUCCAUAUUACUCCACCUGGGAGCAGCACUAUCCGAUCCCAAUGCGGUAGUGCGGGGUCUCAGCAUCCAGGGCAUGGGUUACGUGGGCCAAUUGGGGGAAAAGGAAGCGAAGCGUUAUUCGGAGACAGCCAUUGGAGCAUUACUUAAAGGUGUCGACGAUCCGGUGGGCGACUGUCUGAUCAACAUUCCGCUGGAGAGCAUGCGCGGCCUGUCCGGGAUCCUGCGAGCGCUGCCCAGCGAGCGGGUAGAGUCCUUCCAUGUCUCCCUGGCAAUACGCAUUCGUCCGUUCCUCGGAAACUAUGCGCUGGAGAUGCGCGAGGCCGCGAUCCAAUUGUUUGGCGACAUAUGCGAGGGCAAGCACGACGAUGGCAGCAGUUCACCCAAUUCCUCGAUGGAGGCGCUGAGGGAGCAGCUCAUCGCUAAUCUCUUCCCGCUGCUCCUUCAUCUCAGCGAAAGCGAAGCGGCCAUUGUGGCAGCCUGCCGGGGAACCCUGCAGCGGGUUUGCCGCCUCCUGCCCGCUCCAAAAGUCGUGGAGAUGGCCCAACAACAGUUGGGCGAGGAACGGGGUCACCAGCUCAACUACAGCAGCUUUGUGCUGGAAUUCGUCAAGUUGAUUGCACUGGAGCUAACCGAACACAUUCAGGAUUUCAUUGAAUCGUGCCUGCCGCAGCUGCGUAGCCAGUGGCCGGAGGUGCGUGGCAGUGCGGCCAUUGUGAUUGGCAUCCUGCACAACUUUCUCAGCGAACGAAACGUGCAGACGGAGACUGUAGCCAGCAAGAUCGCCGUGCUUCUCAAGGACGAACAGGCGCUGGUGCGGGUGAAGGCGGCAACCGCCCUGGGAUACUUCUAUGGCGACGUCUAGGACAACAUCAUGGGGACCAACUCGAUUAACUAUAUGUCCGACUAUAUUGUGUGUUUGUAAAUUAUGACUUAGUAUUUGCUCCAAGUGUGAUCCCGUUGCCUCAGCAAUCGUUCCCCAUAUUAUGUUUGAUAUUUAACUCUUUGUUUUGUUAUGUAAUCGAAAGUCACGUUAUAUACUAUUCUAUAUAUAUAUAUACACAUACCAUUAAUUAUAUAUUAAUAUUCAAGUUUGUGCGGAGCGUUUUGCAGCUUUAAGACAGUUGUGAGUGAUAAGAAAUCGUAUUCUAUAGAAGACUUAGUUACGGACAAUAAUCACUUCUCAAUGUACUGAGUCUAUUCAAAAUUACCUCGGCUUUUUGAGGUUUAUUAAAGUUUAAAAAAACUAUGAUUCCACAGAAAAUAUGUGAUUUUGCUAGUUCUUUUGCCUAAAAUUUGAUUGUAUUCCAUGGAGGAACUAAUAUAUUUAUAAAUCCAUACAAAUUUAAUCAGAUAUUUUAAUUAAAAGUUUACAAAACUUACAACCGAUUGUUGGACCAAUUUUAAGAUAAUAAAUUACACUAUUAGGAAAUGUUCUUGAAAUGAUUCAACAACCUUAAAGGUGUAAAACGCUUUGUACAGUUCAAUCGAAUGUGGAAAAGCAAAGAGAGGAUUAUGGCGGUGUGGUAAGAGAGAUGUUUAACAAUUUGUUCAUUUUAAUAAGUCAAUUACCUACCACAUUUAAAAUAUAUUUUGUGCCCCACAUCCUCAUACCUUUGGAUUUAACUCAAUCCACCACCAUUGAUGGAUUCCAAAACAAGGCUAUCCUGUUUAUCUGUGUAUUAACGCUUACAAAAACCAAAUCAAAUAAAAUAUUACAAUGAAAACCCA